AUGUCUGCCGCGCCAGGAUCCUGUGCGGGUGUGGAGUCCGCUGCCUCGCGGCGCCGGCGAGCGCAGACGGAGAACGACGUCUCUGUUGAGCGCCUGCGCGAGACCAUCUCGAACCCGGGCUCGGUCAAGAUCAAUGUCAAGGGUGCCUUUAUCCUGGACGACGAGGAGCGGGCUGCUGCCCAUGGGCGCGACGAUGCCGACGGCGUCCACUACGAGCACAAGGAUAUUCGCCUCCCGCACCACACAGACGUGGUCAGCCAUGUGGCCGUCGAUAUUGGCGGAACCCUGGCGAAGCUCGUCUACUUUUCUCCCGAGAUAAGCCAGUCUGGCAGCGGUGGUCGGCUCAACUUUAUAAAUUUCGAGACAAGCCGGAUAGAGCUGUGUAUAGCUUUCCUGAAGAAGCUGAAGGAGAACCAUAUGAAGAGGAAUGGCUCGGCUCCGUACGAGCUCUGUGUCAUGGCUACCGGUGGAGGCGCAUACAAGUUCUACGACAUGCUCAAGGAUGCGCUGGGGGUUAACGUACUAAGGGAGGACGAGAUGGAGUGCCUGAUCAUAGGACUCGACUUCUUUAUAACGGAGAUCCCGAACGAGGUGUUUACAUACAGCGAGACAACCCCCAUGCAGUUUGCAGAGGCCAGGGCGGACGUAUACCCAUAUCUGCUGGUGAACAUAGGCUCCGGUGUCUCCAUGGUCAAGGUCUCCGGUCCUCGACAGUUCGAGCGAGUAGGCGGAACUUCACUUGGUGGAGGGACGUUCUGGGGGCUCAUGGCCCUCCUUACCGGUGCUCGAACGUUCGAUGAGAUGCUAGCCAUGGCCGAGCGAGGAGAUAACAGCGGAGUCGACAUGCUCGUGGGCGACAUCUACGGCACAGACUACGGCAAGAUCGGGUUGAAGAGCACGGCCAUUGCUAGUACAUUUGGCAAGGUCCUCAAGCUGAAGCGGCUGGAGGAAAGGAAUGCUGAAAGUAGCGGCAGCGAAUCGCCGACUUCAGAGCAGGACAUUUCUCAUUUCUCCCACGAAGACAUGAGCCAGAGUCUUUUAUUUGCUAUAAGGUGCGUGUGCUUCAAAAGAGUCCUUAUUCCAGUCAGCAGGUCAACUAACAGCAGCAGUAAUAAUAUCGGGCAAAUCGCAUAUCUACAAUCUGAAAAACACAAGAUCAAACACAUAUACUUUGGAGGCUCAUUCAUCCGUGGCCACCGCCAGACCAUGAACACCCUUUCCUACGCUAUUAGAUUUUGGUCCAAGGGAGAGAAGCAGGCCUACUUCCUGCGCCAUGAGGGCUACCUGGGUGCCGUCGGGGCGUUCCUCAAGCGCCAGCCACAACAUUGGGGUCGCAGAAACAGUGUCGAAAAUGCCACAGCAGCCCGCUUCAACCAGAGAGAAGGAUUAUCCGGCUAG